AUGAGGCUCGCUGCCUAUGCUGGAACGUCUGCGCUGGUGGCCGCCGGUGCUCUGCUGAAGGCCUUCCACCAGCGGCCCAAUUUCUACUCGGCCACCGUCUACCUGUCGCAGAGCAAUGCCUGUGUUCUGAUCCUCACAAACCUCGCUCUCGUCACCGCCUGCACCUUCAUCUAUGCUCUUCAGCGCCUCUUCUAUGGUCCUCUCCGUCCCAUCGAAAUCGAGCACCUCUCGGAAAAGGCCUGGUAUGCUGUCCUCGAUACCCUCCUGGCCAUGCCCUCGUUGAGGGACGAGGUCGGAGGCUGGAUGCUUGCCGUCUUCGUUCUUCUACUGGCUGGCAAGGUGUGGAGCUGGAUCGGCGAAGGUCGUGUCGAUAUCCUCGAACAGCAACCGCCACAGAACCCCCGUCUCUUCCACACCCGUCUGGCUUCUUCGCUACUCGUAUCCACCGCAUUCAGCGCCGCCAUGCUGAGAUACUGUAUCGCUACUGUCAAGGACGAUCCUCGACCUGGAAUGAUGGUCAUCUUUACCUUCGAAUUCGCCAUUCUUCUGAUCUUCUCCCUAUUCACCCUUCUGCGUUACGUCCUGGCCCUCACCGAAGCACGUGUCUUGAAGCAACAAACAAAAGCAAAGAUGGAUGAGAGGAGGGCUGAGAUUCGCGCAGAAAGAGAACGUCUAGAGCAGGAACGCGAGGUUUCGACUGAUCCUGACAGUUUGCCCCCUCUGCCCAGUGAAGAAGAUGUGGACGAGAACGAGAUUGAUGUCCCUGGGUGGGAGGAGAAGCGCCGAUGGUUGUUUGGUCUCGAGCUGGCUACAGACUUCAUCAAACUCAUUGUUUACACCGUCUUCUUCGGCAUAUCUCUGACCUUUAUGGGACUGCCUAUGCACAUCAUUCGCGACGUCUAUCUCACCUUUGCAUCUUUCGUCAAGCGUGUACAGGACUACAACAACUACCGCAAGGCCACUCAGAACAUGAACAGCCGAUAUCCAGAUGCCACUAGCGAAGAGUUGACAAAUGACAACACCUGCAUCGUCUGCAGAGAAGUUAUGGUUCCAUGGAAUCAACCUGACGCUGCAGGUCAAACCCCCAGACCGAGCCUUACGAAUGAGGGCAUGCGCGCGAAAAAGCUGCCUUGUGGUCACAUUCUCCAUCUGCGCUGCCUCAAAGCUUGGCUCGAACGACAGCAAGCCUGCCCGACCUGUCGCCGUCCUGUCAUUCCUACUGGAACCUCUGCCACUGAUCGUGCCGGAGCUGCUGACCAGAACGCAAAUGGUGGUGCCAAUGGAGGUGCUCAGCAAGGAGCCAACGCUCAAGCAGGUGCUCCUAACGCCAACGGCAAUGCAAAUCGUCCAGCUCAACCCAGACUUCGAAUGCUCAAUCUCGGUCCGAUCCGCAUUGGUGUCUACAACGGACCUGCCAAUCGUGUGCAAGAUGCUUUGAACCACAGACGUGCACAAGACAACGGUAAUGCUACUGGAGCCGCGACACCCGCAGCAAGUUCAGGUAUUGGAGGAUUGGCUGGAGCAAGAUCAACGGACACCCAGCUUCAGCUUUUGCAGGUCGAAGAGCGUCUGAUGCAGGAAUCCCGUCGCUUGACAAUCGAGCAAGCCCAGCUUGCCACCGUUCGUGCUUUGGAAGCAGAGUUGGCAAGACUGCGUGCCUAUUACAGUCAUAAUCAGGCUGGUAUUGGCGCGCCUGCUCCUUCAGCUGCGGCAAGACCGGCGAUUCCUAACCUCUUUCCAACCCCUCACACGAUGGGCCCUGGUGCUAGUUUUGCGCAACCACAAGUAUUCCAACCUGGUCCUGGACAAGCGCCAAUGACGCAGGGUCACGAAGCGUUACCAUCUGGCCUUGUCUUACCUGAAGGCUGGACGCUCGUGCCUCUCAACAGAGUCGAGGGCACUGCACAGCCUGGAAACGGUAUGCCGCAGACCGAGGUCCCGGUGCCUACACCCACAGUUGUAAUCCCACAAGUUGAUGCUCCGGCUCAACAAGAAGGAACAGAACAAGUAAUGCCUUUGAGCAGCCUGGAAACUGCUGCUGCCAACCAGUCAGUCGAGCAGGUCCCUGAUGACUUUUCUGCGGGUGCUUCUGAGGAAGCCCCUGCUGAAACGAUUGCGGAAGCUCAGGCUCAAACCAGCGAAAGCAGCACACAACAGACAGACUCCGAAGAGCAGCCAACAACCGUCGACAAAGGCAAAGGCAGAGCAGUCACUGUAGAGGAUGUGGAAGACGCGGAGCAGUAG